UUUAAACACAAUAAAACCUCUUUCUCGAGAACAGUAACACAGUACAAUUUCCUAGUAAAAAAAACAACUACCCAAAAUUUCGACCACUCCCAUGAGCCUUGAGAGCGACUUCCUAUAAACAAAACCACUCACUUUCUCUCUCCUCUUUACUGUCAUACGCUACUUUCAUGCAAAUAGCACCUUCCCUAAACCUUUACCCACUCUUCACUUCUCUCUCUCUACAUUUUUCUAUGGUAGAUCUCUCAUCUCUUCCCUAGUUAUUAGCUAGACUUUUUCAUUAUUUGACUUUUUCAGUUUCCAAUCUCUCCUACAAAAACUCCAUCAUUUGGAAGAUAUACUUCCUUUGUACUUCUAUAUCAGAGAUUUUUUCGCCGCGUAUCUCGCUUAACCUAAUUUCCAUUCUAUUCAUACCCUCUUACCUAAAACAGCGUCUUUUUGAUAGAAAAUGGCGAACGGGUUAGAGAAAGAAACUGGGUUCACCAUGUUCAGUGAUGAAGAGCUAAAGGAUGUCAAUGGGGUGAAGAGAGUUGGAGAAUAUGUUGAAGUAAUGUGCGGUUGUACUAGCCAUAGAUAUGGUGAUGCUGUUGGAUGGCUUAGGGUUUUUGUUAAUGGUUACCUUGAAAUCACCUGUGAAUGCACCCCUGGUUGCCAAGAAGACAAAUUGACUCCUGCUGCAUUUGAGAAACAUUCUGGAAGAGAAACGGCUAGAAAAUGGAAGAACAAUGUGUGGGUAAUAGUUGAUGGUGAGAAAGUUCCGUUGUAUAAAACAGUUCUUCUCAAAUACUACAAUCAAGCGUUAAGAACAGCCAAUGGAUCACACAAAUUGCAAAAUGGACGAGGCCAUCGUGACGAGUUCAUCCGGUGUACUAGAUGUAACAAAGAGCGUAGAUUCCGGCUGAGAACUAAAGAAGAUUGCCGCAUUCAUCAUGAUGCUUUGGCUGAUCCAAAUUGGAACUGUUCUAACCUUCCAUAUGACAAAAUUACAUGUGAUAAUGAAGAAGAAAGAGGAAGUCGAAGGGUUUAUAGAGGAUGCACUCGUACUGCAGCAUGUAAAGGUUGCACUUCUUGUGUAUGCUUUGGGUGUGAGAUAUGCCGUUUUUCAGAUUGCACUUGCCAAACUUGUACUGACUUUACCAGGAAUGCCAAUGUCAAAGCUUGAGUUCAAAUUAUGCUCCUAACUUUUGAUUUUUUUUAGUACCCUUUCAAGGUUCUGAUGUACUCCUACUUGGUUAAUUGUUAAUUAUUUUCCAUUAAAUUAAUUGUUUUCUGUGUUUUAUUAUGUGGCUUUUUUUAAAAAUAGAAUUCAUCCAACUACAUUUUUUUAAUGCUAUCAUGGCUUCUUCCUAAUCAUGUAAGAUAUAUAAAAAAUGUUCUAUUCUUUAUCUAAUUAAGAUGGUUCAACCAAAUGUAUAAUCUUAUAGAAAUGAUUCUAUUGCAUGUUCUUUGAAUAUUAAUGAACUUGAAUAUUCUUUUAGUAGUGAAGAACUUUUUUCCCUAUGAUUUCUUUCUGUAAAAUGUUAUUCAUACAUGAGGAAGUACUUUUAACCAGUUGGCAAGCUCAGAAAAUAAUGCAGAACCAAUGGUAAUUUUCUUUUCAAGUUAUUGGAUGCAUUUUUUGGUUUAUCUGAAAUAUUUUUCUAGUUAAGACUUUUUCUGCUUUUAAAAUGUGAGUCAUAUUUUUAAAAAUAUUAUGUUUUAUUUUUUUUUUCAAUACAUCUUUAGUUAAUAUUACUCUCGGUUUG